AUGUCGCAGUUCCCUGCAGUGUUGCUGGUCCUGCUGCUGACCACCAGGCCGUGGCCGGACUCGCAGGCUGACCAGACCGACCAGUCCGCACCAUGCUGCCCGAACCUGCAGGCGGCUGAUGACCAGGCUGUACCUUACAGGCCGGACCAAAUGGCUGACCAGGCUGUACCUUACAGGCCGGACCAAAUGGCUGACCAGGCUGUACCUUACAGGCCGGACCAAAUGGCUGACCAGGCUGUACCUUACAGGCCGGACCAAAUGACUGACCAGGCUGUACCUUACAGGCCGGGCCGAAUGGCUGACCAGGCUGUAACUUACAGGCCGGACCAAAUGACUGACCAGGCUGUACCUUACAGGCCGGACCAAAUGGCUGACCAGGCUGUACCUUACAGGCCGGACCAAAUGGCUGACCAGGCUGUACCUUACAGGCCGGACCAAAUGGCUGACCAGGCUGUUCCUUACAGGCCGGACCAAAUGGCUGACCAGGCUGUACCUUACAGGCCGGACCAAAUGGCUGACCAGGCUGUACCUUACAGGCCGGACCAAAUGGCUGACCAGGCUGUUCCUUACAGGCCGGACCAAAUGGAUGACCAGGCUGUUCCUUACAGGCCGGACCAAAUGGAUGACCAGGCUGUACCUUACAGGCCGGAAAUCCACCUCGAGAAUUCCAAGCUUCAGGAGAUGACCAGACUGAUGGAGGCGAUGCAUGCCGAGAUCAAGAUUAUGCGAAGUUCGGUUUUCCACCUGGCGGAAUUGAAGGUAGCUUCGUAUUUGUGUCUGUAUUGA